UGCUGCUGUUUCUCGUCCCAAGACCAAGUCUUAAUAGCAACUUCCCUUCCUCGGCUGCUUAGACUUUUUCCCCCCCUGUGGCUGGAAAGAAGUGUCACAUUUUACUCUUAGCUCUCUCUCCCCACCCCCUCCCAGAGAGCAUUUGCCCAUGGUGGGGGGGGGGGGGGGGGCGCGGCACUGUGAGCUCCCUCCAGCCUCGGGUGACUGCUGUAAGUAACUUUCAGCUCCUCUCCUUGUAACACCAUGACGUUCCUCCGGAAGCCUAGGAGCCGGACAGCUGCUUUUCUGCCUCUCUCCCUGCUCUUUUUGAAGAUUUUGCAACCAGGGCACAGCCACCUUUAUAGCAACCGCUACGCUGGUGAUAAGGUGAUCAGACUUAUUCCCAGUACAGAAGAAGAAGCAAAUGCACUGAAGAAAAUGUACCACCAACUUAAGGUGGACCUGUGGCAGCCCAGCAGUAUCUUCCAUGUAUCAAAAGGAGCAGUUACUGAUGUUCAUAUUCCCAAAAAUGGUUCCCAAGUCCUGUUAGCCUUCUUACAGGAAGCCAACAUCCAGUACAAGAUCCUCAUAGAAGAUCUUCAGAAAACACUGGAAAAGGCAAGCAGUUUGCGAACCCAGAGAAAUCGAAGAUACCUUUCUGGAUAUAAUUAUGAAGUUUAUCACUCCUUAGAAGAAAUUCAAAAUUGGAUGCAUCAUCUGAAUAAAACUCAUUCAGGCCUCAUUCAUGUGUUCUCUAUUGGAAAAUCAUAUGAGGGAAGGUCUCUUUUUGUUUUAAAGCUGGGCAGAAGAUCACGAACUUACAAAAGAGCUGUCUGGAUAGACUGUGGUAUUCAUGCAAGAGAAUGGAUUGGUCCUGCCUUUUGUCAGUGGUUUGUAAAAGAAGCUCUUCUAACAUAUAGGAGUGACCCAAUCAUGAGAAAAAUGUUGAAUCAUCUGUAUUUCUAUAUCAUGCCUGUAUUUAACGUUGAUGGAUACCACUUCAGCUGGACCAGUGAUCGAUUUUGGAGAAAAACAAGGUCAAGGAACUCAAGGUUUCGCUGCCGUGGAGUUGAUGCCAAUCGUAACUGGAAAGUGAAAUGGUGCGAUGAAGGAGCUUCUAUGCAUCCUUGCGAUGAUACCUACUGUGGACCUUUCCCAGAAUCUGAGCCGGAAGUGAAAGCUGUAGCCACCUUCCUCCGAAAACACAGGAAGCACAUUAGGGCUUACCUCUCCUUUCAUGCAUAUGCUCAGAUGUUGCUAUAUCCCUAUUCUUACAAAUAUGCAACAAUCCCCAAUUUCAGCUGUGUGGAAUCUGCAGCUUAUAAAGCUGUGAAUGCACUUCGGUCGGUAUAUGGGGUACAAUAUAGAUAUGGACCUGCCUCCAGCACAUUGUAUGUGAGCUCUGGUAGCUCAAUGGAUUGGGCCUACAAAAAUGGAAUACCCUACACAUUUGCUUUUGAACUUCGUGACACUGGACAUUUUGGAUUUUUACUCCCAGAGAUGCUCAUCAAACCGACCUGUACAGAGACCAUGCUGGCUGUGAAGAACAUCACAAUACACCUACUAAAGGAAUGUCCCUGAGACAGCCCAAGGGUCAGGGCAACCACCAGAGAGAGAGCUAAUUCUGUGCAAGAGCCACCUGGCAGUGGGGGAAAUUUUUUUUUUUAAAGAGAAGAGCAAUUUCUUAGAAUGAACAUAUCUGUGCACUUUAAAAGGACCAACUCAGGGGCGCCUGGGUGGCGCAGUCGGUUAAGCGUCCGACUUCAGCCAGGUCACGAUCUCGCGGUCCGUGAGUUCGAGCCCCGCGUCAGGCUCUGGGCUGAUGGUUCAGAGCCUGGAGC